GUAACCAUGCCUUAUGCCAAUUGGUGGUUGGGAACUUCCUUUACUGUGCUCCAAUAUGUUACUCAUUCCCAGCCGAAAUCUUCACGCAAGAGAAAACUGGAUAUGUCAAUUAAAGACCGAAAGACGAAGAAUCCUUCUUACUCUAGAGCUAGGUCAUCAUCUUCACCUAUUGCUCUGGAAGCAUCAUCACCUCAGAGAAUGGAUAAUAGUCGACCACUUAUUGCUCCUUCUCGGUCUAGUUACUCGGUUUCAGAUCUCCUUCAUCUUUUCGAAGAUAUGUGUAAUUCUCAAUUUAAAAUGAGAUUUAGCUUUGAGCAAGUAGAUUCUGGCCCUCAAUUUGCUUGUCUCGCAAAGCUUUUUCCAGAGACUAUGUCUAUCAGUGAUUGUACAGGAACUUCCCAACCCACUGUAGCGACCAAAACCCCAAUGGAUCAAUUUUGCACAUACUUGUACUCUUUUCUUGAAGAUAAAGAUGAGAAUAUGAUUCAAGAACUCUUUGAGGGAGAUGGGUAUGAAUUAACUGCCUUGGGUCGUAUUCGCAUUAAGAGUGUUGAAAUUCCUUCUCCUACCAAAUCUUUUGAUUGUUCUCUCAAUGGAAGUAGCGAGAGUGAAGAUGAGUUUUAUGACUACACCCCUCUUUUAGAUGGCACACCGACUAAGAUGAGUAAAUCGCCUUCAGCAAAUGUAGCUUUUUCUUCUCCUUCGAACGAGUCAUCCAAGCUAUUAGAGAAAGGCACUGCGCCUCAAACUUCCCCAGCUGCCUCGCAUAUGCCAUUGGCUACCUUUAAGGAUCAUGCCACAUUGCAAAAUCCAUGGUCCACUUGUGGGAAUCAGAAUUUGUCUCAUCCACCUAAGUCUCUUCAAGCCAUACACCAAGAAAAUACUUCUGACACAUUGGAAGAGACAGACGAAAUUACUUCUGAUACCUCGGAAGAGGCCCAAAUUCUUGCAGACUUACUUGAAGCAAAUGGGGUUAACAAAUUAUUUGGCAAACUUGAAGCACCCUUUGCUCCAUCUAACCUUCUUUUAGGAACUUCUUCUAACGAAGUAGCCACCCAUAUUCAGAAAGGUCUUACUAUUUCCCUCCAAUCAAUGACGGAUGUUAAUGGCAUGAUUGCUGUAGCAAACAACGUUUUCAUGAUUUUGAAGAGUUUGGGUGUAAACUUCAUCUCCUUUCAUGAGAAGGUUAAGAUAUUCCUUGAGUGCUUUGCUUUGAAAACCCAACUUGCAGAUUCUUCAAACUUGUCUACUGCAGAAUUUGAGGCCCAAUAUUAUGAGAAGAAGCUUCAUUUCGACAAAGUUUCUGGCGAACAUGAACAAUUGUCUGCUUCAAUUAUCAAGUCGGAUGAGCACAUUGCGGGUCUUAAUCAAAGGAUUAUUCAAACUAAAGAGUUACUUAAACAACUUGAAGAGGAAUUGUCAUCCAACCAAGCGGAACAUGCAUCCUUUAUGUGUGAUUUUGCACAAGCUUCCGAGAGUGUUUCUAAAUCAGAAGAAGACGUGCAAAUUGCUCUGAAUGUUUUGAGCCAACACAAGAAGAAGAAUGGACAACACAGUGUUGUGGAAUGUGCUUUUGAAAGGGCUAAGGCUUCUCUUAAUGAAUGAAUGCACUUUUAUUUUUUUAUUCAUCCGAACAUAAUGUAUUUAUGAAAUUUCGCUCAAUGAUAGAUUUAUUUGUUAUAUGAAAUUUCUCAAUACAAUACAUUGAUUUGUCUUAUUUUAGCCGUAUACAAUAGAUUUAUUUGUUUAUAUGAAAUUUCUCAAUACAAUACAUUGAUUUAUCUUAUUUUGGCCUUACACAGUUUAUACUCUUGCGGGCCAGGAGUAUCCAAUGUUUUAUCACCUUAGAUUUCGGUGAGGUAUUUUAGCAGUUUAACCACAUACAAUAUCGUUGGUGGUGUUUGACUUUUGUUUGGCCGUACACAGUUUAUACUCUUGCGGGUCAGGAGUAUCUAAUGUUUUAUCACCCUAGAUUUCGGUGAGGUAUUUUAGCAGUUUAACCACAUACAAUACUGUUGGUGGGGUUUGACUUUUGUUUGGCCGUACACAGUUUAUACUCUUGCGGGCCAGGAGUAUCUAAUGUUUUAUCACCUUAGAUUUCGGUGAGGUAUUUUAGCAGUUUAACCACAUACAAUACCGUUGGUUUUUUUUUUUUUUUUUUUUGCCCUAACUUUUGCCUAGGCCGCCCUUUGGGGUUUUCAACCUAGCAGGCUUUCUUAAGCGUAAUAUCUCUUCAAGAACCUUGCAUUGGUCGGGGGAAUGAUUCUGUCACCAUCCAUCGUUAUCAACAAAUAGGCCCGAUUAGAAUAAACCUUCUCAAUCACAUAAGGUCCUUCCCAUUUGGGCUCAAGCUUUCCUUUGGUUCUUCGUGAGACUACUAUGGGUGUUCUAACCAUUAGUACCAAGUCUCCCUUUUUAAAGGAACGAAGCCUCACUCUUUUAUUGAAUGCAUUUGCCAUUCUUUGUUGGUAGAUUUCCAAGUUCUGUUGAGCAUACAAUCUUCUUUCAUCCAGGGUCUCCAGCUCAGCCAACCUCACUCUUGCACUUUCAUCUUCUGUUAAGGACUCUUGUAUUGCCACUCGUAAUGAUGGUAUUUGAACCUCAAGUGGUAACACUGCUUCUCCUCCAAAAACCAACAAAUAAGGGGUUGCUUGAGUAGGAGUU